GUUCAAGUCAAGGCACUCCAAAAUGGCGGAUCGUGAAGAGGGUAAGUGGCCGCUCUCAAACCAAACGCUAUAUAGAGUAUUAAAUCAUAUCCAUAUAUGUCAAAUAUGUGGCAACCUACUCGCAAAAAAACUGUUAGGUCUAGUUACUCUCUCGGUCUCUGAUCGCACUCACUCGGUGUGUUUCAAUGUAUCAACGUCAUAGAUUCAUAGCAACAUUGUUACCACGUUAUAACGCUAUUCAUUUGACGUUUUAGACUGCUAUUUCCCCACAUACACUAAUGGAUUCUUAUGUCAAGAUGUGCCUGGAAGAAAUUAGAUUUAUAAUCCUCUCCUUCCAACAUGGUUUUAGGCUACUUAAUUUAUACUGCUUCUCACGAAAACGAAACAGAGUUGCCAAUUUCAAAUGGCACAAUUAGCCAAAAGGUCUGAUGGGGAUAUGAAUACUUGUGCUACUGCCAAUUCUUUGCCUCUUGUACAUAAAGUGCUCUACUUUGUGUCUCCCGUCCCAAGACCCAGAGAAUGAGGACACGUAUGAGGUGGUCGACCUGACACAAUAUGCCAGGCGUCAACAAUGGUGGGGCUGCCUAUUUGGUGGGAACAAUUCGGGUCCUAUGGCUGAGAAGUAUUCGGUGGCCACACAAAUAGCACUGGGUGGUGUGAGCGGCUGGUAAGUCCUGCAGGCCAGGGUAGCCUAUAUUGAUUAUACAACGGAGCAUCCUCAGGACUGUUCUUUAUCAUGUGAUAUCUCUCUCACAUUUACAUUUUAGUCAUUUUGGUGGUCAAUGCUACUGUACUUUAUACAUGGUAUGAUCAAAAAUACAAAGGCUUCCUCUGUAGAUGAUUCUAUUGCCCUGUUGAUUGUACUAUAUGCAGGACAGGGUGUCAUUUGAGUUUUGCAUUGUCUCUCUGUGCCAGGUGUGCGGGAUAUCUUUUCCAGAAGGUGGGGAAGAUCGCAGCCACCGCUGUUGGUGGAGGAUUCCUGUUAUUGCAGGUAGGAACUCAACACAAGUUUUUAAUGUACAGUAUAAAAGUCUAAAUGAGUUAUUUCACAUGCUGGUCACCCACUGCGAAGAGGAGCUUGCUCUUUAGCUACAAUACUAUUAGUUAAAAUCAUUAUUGUCAUAGAUUAUUUUACAUUGCAUUUUUUGCUCUGUUUUUUUAUCGGCCCGAAAAUAAAAACAUUAUAUUCUCCAGAUAGCCAACCACAGCGGCUAUGUGCAGGUGGACUGGAAGAGAGUGGAGAAGGAUGUCAACAAAGCCAAGAGGCACCUGAAGAAGAAAGCCGACAGUGCUGUACCAGAGCUCAGCUCUUUUAUCGACCAGGUAGCCCACUGUAGCUGGUCAACAUAACAUGUCAAACAUUUCAUCGUAUAAUAUUUUAUUCUUCCUACAAGGGGCAACUGUGCAUGACAAAGCAAUGUGAAUUGAACUACUUGUUCAGACUAGGCUACUAAGUCAAAGGAUCAAUUAUCCAUAUGCAAUCGGAUUUGUUAUUUGUCUUAAAAGGAUAUUGCACUUUUCUUAAACUUUAGUACAGUUAUUUAUCUCUGUCUCUCCCAGUCCACAGAGUUUGUGAAGACAAACGUUAUC